CAACAAGUAGCAGGAGCAACAGUUGCAACAGUUAAAGCGCAAUAUAUCCGCAAAAACGGAUCCGGAAAGUUAAUCGAAAGUUAACCAAACAAAAACCGACAAACGGCGCCAACAGCCCACUAAUCCCGAGAACAUCAGUCAAGGCACACACACACACGCACACACACAAGUUAAGAGGAGGAGGCCAUGAAGCACGACAUCCAAACCUUCUGCCUGCUGGUGCUGACGAUCUUGGCCAGCACGCGUCAUGUCCUUGGCUUUCUGACAGCUACGGGCCACGCGACAGCGUCUGGCAAUGGAGCAGCUGCUGCCGGGGAACACCAGCAUUCACGUGCCUACUUAGCUGGAUUGGGAGCAGGAGCUGUCGGCGGAGCUGAGGACGACGAGCAGCGACAACCCAACUUGAAUGCGCAGCAACGUAACGUUUACGAUCCUGGUGAUGAGCUGUUGCACGCACUGAACGCGGAGCUGGGCCAGGAGCCGGAAACGGAGCCGGAGACGGAGACGGAGCUAGAGACGGAGCCAGAGCCGGAACGAGACUUUGCGAAUGCCGUUUACAAUGAACUGGAGGUGGCCAGCAAAUAUGACAUGCUCAAGAAGCUGGAACAGGAUUUGCGCGCCGAGCAGGAACUGGUCGACAAAUCCGCUUUGCUCAUGAAAAUGUUGGAGGAUCCCUCGCUGGAUACGCUGCCGCUGGUCUAUGUGGAAGAGGAGCAGCUGCCGACGGCAAUUGCCGGCGAUGACUAUCCCGAGCUGGACAACAGCAUUGGCAGCCUGGUAUUGGGUCCGAAUAAGCCCAAACGUUCGCGUUAUUAUCGUCGCUAUCCCUGGAAGCGGCACAAUCGCAAUCGCGGUUCUUACAUGAAUUCUAUCAACAGCAAUUAUGAACCGGAACUGCGAUACGCCUGCACGCCUAGCAAGGAGGAUAUAUUCAAGCUUCUGGUCAAUUUGCAUGAGAAUCGCAAAGGUAAUCACAGCAAGACGGUUAAUUUUUGUAAUCGCAAGCGGCCGGCCAAGGUGGUAUUCACCAAUAUACGAUUCCUGGGCUAGAUUCGGAAACAAAAACACAAACACAAACACACGACACACACGACACACACACACACACACACAUAUGUAUACCAAGCAUCAAUUGUAUAUUGCUGACAAAGUCAAGCGCGUAACUGGAGAACAACAAGCACUAACAAUUAGCUAAACUAAUUAAACUAACUAAACUAAACUAACCAACAAUUAGAUAAUUUUUUAUGUACCUUUUCCCCCCAUGCCUUCCGUUACAUUCGCACUAAGCCAAUUACCCAACACUAAAUGGAGUACAUUUCCAACUCUAGUGUUAGACAACUUUAACUUUUUAUAUCUCUAAAUGUGUUGUAUAUAAUUACACCUAUACAUAUACAUAUAUAUAUAUAUAUAUAUAUAUAUGUAUUUGUAUGUGUAUAUUCAAAGUUUUACUAGUUUAUGCAAAUAUCAAGUUAAUACACAUGCCAAUAAAUGUUUCCAAUCUGUCAUAUCAAUCGGUGUUGGUAGUCGAAGUAUUAUAAUGUUAACCUAACCUAGAAAAUGGAUUGAGCCUAAUUAUAAAUGAAUAUUAUCUAUUGUAUGUACAAAAUCAAAUAUCAAUGUGUAUAUAUAUAUAUAUCUAUACCUAACCAAUAAUUCUUAAUAACUAUUUAUAAAAAUAACUAAUGUGUACGAGAUCUUAUUGCUAAUAAACAUAUGAUAAAUAUAUCCAUAA